AUCAUGACCCUCACUGCGAUCCGUAGUUUCCGACAACAUAAUGGCUACUUUCAAUAGUAGUAGCAAGGGACCAGAGCUAUCUAAAGCCGAGUACCUAAAACGGUAUUUAUCCACUCGUGAAGAUGUCAAGAAAUCAAAGGGGAAACUUAAAAAGAAACGGCAGAAGGUUCCCGAGAAAGGACUUAAAAUUGUAGAUGAUGACAUAGACUGGAAACAGAUGGUGAAGGAGGAGAAUGAUAUUGAAGAGGAUGAAGACGAAGCGCCAGUGAUUGCUGAGGUAAUUGACGAUCGACCAGAGGAAGUGAAACAGCUGGAGGCUUUCAGAACAGGCAACAGAUGGAAAGUGGUUGGGGCUGAUGAAGAUAAAGACACAGAGGAAGGAAAAGGACAUCAAUAUCCAGAGUCUGUGACAUCAAACAGAAGUUGCCAUGACUCGCCAGAGUGGUCAACAAAGAAAAGUAGACAUGAUCCUCCUGUCAAAAAGGCCCGACAUGAUUCUCCAGACAUUUCCCCUCCCAGAAGAGGCCGCCACGAUUCUCCAGACGCCUCCCCUCCCAGAAGAGGCCGCCACGAUUCUCCAGACGUCUCCCCUCCCAGGAAAGACGUCUCCCCUCCCAGAGGGGCCCGCCACGAUUCUCCAGACGCCUCCCCUCCCAGAAGAGGCCGCCAUGAUUCUCCAGACGUCUCCCCUCCCAGAAGAGGCCGCCACGAUUCUCCAGACGUCUCCCCUCCCAGAAGAGGCCGCCACAAUUCUCCAGACUUGUUGCCUCUGAGGCAUCAUUCAGGGAAAUCGGGGAAAGUGCACAGUAAAGAUGCAUCCCCUACAAGCAGAAAGAUGAGCUCAUCAUUGUUGAGUAAAAAAUGUCCACCUAAUCCACAUCAGCCACUUUUGGCAAAGAGUGAUCGGAAUAGGCAUGAUUCAGACUCUGACCAGUCCCCACCACGAAAAAAGGCACUAAAGGGGGAUGCCUCAGAAUCAGACCGAUCUCCUCCAAGGCACUCAAAAAUAAGACAAAGCUUUGAUUCUGACCAGUCUCCACCCAGGAGGCGGCCGCAAAGUGGAAAGUACUCGGAUGGAGAUUUGUCACCAUCUCAUAGGCCUGGCCAGUCACAGAGUCAGAGGAUGUUUUCAGGUGGGAAGGCAGGACUUGUUUCUAUGGAUGCUUUAAGAAAAGAGCAGGAGGAGAAGCGGCGCAGAGAGAGAAACAACCAGCUACUAGAAAAUGAAUCCCGCAACGCCCAGACGGUAUUCCGAGACAAGAGUGGUAAAAGGAGAGAUUUGGAUUCAGAGAGAGAAGAACAGAAGAAGAAAGCCGGAGAAAAAGCAGCAAAGGAUGAAAAAUAUGCUCAGUGGGGGAAAGGGCUGGCCCAGAGCCAGAUGCAUCAGCAGAAACUUGAGUAUGCACUGCAUGAAGCCCAGAAGCCGCUGGCUCGUCACUACGAUGAUGAGGAUCUUGACCGCAUGUUGAGAGAGAAGGAAAGGGAGGGAGAUCCGAUGGCUGUGAUGCUCAGGCGGAAAAAGAACCGCACAAUAAAUACCCAAGAAAAGCCACAGUAUAAAGGCCCAGCGCCGCCUCCAAACCGGUUCAACAUUCUACCAGGAUAUCGCUGGGAUGGAGUUGACAGAUCAAAUGGAUUUGAACAAAAACGCUACAUGCGGAUAGCAGAUAAAAAAGCAGGCCAGGAGGCAUCUUAUAAAUGGAGCGUGGAGGACAUGUAAAAUGGUAAUGGGAAACUGGAUCAGGAGCAGAGCCGACUGCUCAUCCUCUGUAGACUUGGUUGAGAAAGAAUAUCUAAUCUGUUCUGUAGAAAUGACUGCAGGUUAGACACAUCUACUCAACAUACCUGGCAUUUUGAAAUGGAUGGAGAAGGAUUUUGUUCACAAUUACAAUGCAGUUUGAUACUGUACAACACACACUGGACUAUAACAAACUGAUACAAACAUAACUAUAUAGCAGAGAUGUGAGCAGCAUCUUAAUUAUCAGUUCAAUGUUGAGGCAUAAUAGAUGUUUUUCACUGUUUUAUUUUUAUUUUUAAUUUUUUUCUUGUAAAGUCCUGUGCCCUGUAUUACAAGUGUUCAAAAAUAUAAGAGCACAUUUUCAAGUUUCACUGAACGCAUUAUGGAUUUGACAAUCAGUCAUUUUACAAUAUGGAGAUGUAGUGUGGUGUACCAAUUUAGAAAAAUCCUAUCCAAUUUGAUCCAAUUGUUAUUUUUACUUAUAGGGGCAGGACCUAGAAAUUUCUCAAAGAUGGGUUAACUAAUAACAGCACAUUUCAUGAUAAGUGCCUCUGU